AUGAAGCUGUUCUAUAAAAAUAACCUUAAAAGGAAUCUGAUGGAUAACCUGACCUAUGAUUUUCACCUGACAGCAUUUUCAAAUUUAACAGAAAAUCACCUAUUACUUUUCUUUAUAUUUUUAAUGAUCUACUUGACCGGAGUAUUGGGGAACAUCAUUAUCAUUACAACGGUGAUCAUUGAUACCCACCUUCAUACCCCCAUGUAUAUACUUCUCUGCAAUUUAUCAUCUGUGGACAUAAUAUUAAACUCAUCCACCGUCCCAAAACUUAUGGACAUUUUACUCUCUGGUAAUGACUCAAUAUCCUUCAUACAAUGCUUCAUCCAACUUUACUUUUAUAUGUUUGCGGCAGGAACGGAGGACAUCUUGUUGUCUCUGAUGGCCUAUGAUCGAUAUGUGGCUGUCUGCAAACCCUUACAUUAUCACCUGUUAAUGAAUAAGAAGAAGUAUGCCAUCUUCUUACUCGGCACCUGGAUAUUAGGAUGUGCUAACUCUUUAUUUUUGACCUCCUCAGCCUACCAGUUAGACCUAUGUCCUUCUAAUAAAAUUCAACAUUUCUUCUGUGAUAUUAAAGCUUUGGAGAAGAUAACUUGUAGUCAAACCCAAUUUUCCAUCCUACUUUACAUUGAAAGUGUGGUUCUUGGACUCUUUCCAUUUUUGCUUAGCUUAACAUCCUACAUCAAAAUUAUUCUUAUCAUCCUAAGUAUCAGGUCAACCGGUGGUAGAUGGAAGGCUUUCUCCACAUGCACGUCCCACCUGGCUGUGCUAAUAAUAUUCUAUGGUGUGGCUCUAUGUAUUUAUGUGAAGCCUCCUUCAGGACACUUUGAAAAGCAAGAUUUGGUGUUCUCUCUAAUGUACACAGCAGUAAUUCCCAUGUUAAAUCCAUUAAUUUACACCCUUAGAAAUAAAGAGGUGAAGGCUUCUCUGUCGAGGAUCUUUAAAAUAAUGAAAACAAAGAUUGCUUAA